GAUCUCCUGUAUGCCCCGUGAAGUAGGCGACAAAAUAAUGUCACGUGAUCCAAAAUGGGCAGUCCUCUGACGGAGCUGAAAAAAGCCAUUUUCUGGCGCUGCUGCAAAUUCUGUCCAAGUCCAAAUAAUUUACCUGGAUCCUCGUUGGGAGGAGAGGGAAACUUUUAUGUCUGAUCAGAUCUGUCCAGAUGGAUAAAAUGCAGCCCAACCGGAUUAAAAUCACUGAUCUGAAUCCCCACCUCACAUGCCCACUGUGCGCUGGUUACUUAAUUGAUGCUACGACCAUCGUAGAGUGCCUGCACUCCUUUUGUAAAACGUGCAUCGUUGCCUUCCUGGAGACAAAUAAGUUCUGUCCUCGAUGUGACGUCCAGGUUCACAAGACGUGUCCACAACUCAGCAUCAGAGCGGACAAAACUCUACAAGAUAUUGUUUAUAAGCUUGUUCCGGGGUUAUUCAAAGAUGAGAUGAAACGGAGGCGAGACUUCUACGCAGAGAAUCGUGUCCUGGAACCAGGGGAAGUGGUGGAGACGUUUAACAUAGCAGAGGAUGAAAUCAUCAGUCUGUCCAUACAGUUCUACGAGAGGAACAAAAACAAUGAGAGGCAGCGUUCAGAGAUGGAAGGAGACAAGUCCAACGGUAAACGUUUCCUGCAGUGCCCAGCAGCCAUGUCCGUCAUGCACUUAGCAAAGUUCCUCCGGAGCAAGAUGGAUAUUCCCAACAACUAUCGGGUGGAGGUGUUGUACGGUGAUGAGCCCUUGAAGGACUACUACACACUAAUGGAUAUCGCCUACUUCUACGAGUGGAGACGAACUGGACCCAUCCCCCUGCAGUAUCUGGUCAAACCCACCCGGAAGCGCAGGAGGCCGUCCCAGUCCACUGCUCAGGGCCACUCUGACGGCGUCAACACCAGCCCGACGUCAGAGAGCGACUCCCAGAGCGACAAAGUCCACAGUCCUGCUGCAGCCCAGCCCCCCCGAGCCUCCUCGCAGUCCAGCCCCGCCUCCCACAACCCCUCUUCCGCCAUCCAAAGCUCCAACGGUACCACUGUGCCCAACAACACUCAGCGACACACUCUCGCCUCCAAACAGGGCGCCAGCGCUCGCAAGGUGACUGUCAAUGGCACGAGCUCUGGGGCCGGCAAAGAGGAGGCGAGGGGAGGCGAGAAAAGCGGUUUGCCCCCGGCGACCUAACGUGUGUACGGGGCAGCAGGGAGGACAGUGUUUGAAUUGCUCCCUUCUUGAUUUUCUUCAGAGCAAAAAGACGAGCUUGAGUUCUCCUUCUGGACAAAUGGGGGCCAGAUUACUGUCAUCACCUUUCAACAGGAAAGACUGAAAAGUGCAGCCAAAUAGACACUUGUAUGUAUGUGCGUGUGUGUGUUUUAUGUGUGUUAGACUAGAGCAGUGCACACAUACAAACUGUACAGUAUGUAUCAAAUGUGAGCAUGUGUGCAUACAUAUGUAUAAACUUAUCUUUUAUACAAGAUAUUGUAAUCGUUUUGUAUUGUAUACGCAGUGGGUCCGUUUCAUUUCCAUAGUUCUUUCAACAUUGAUUUGGCUUCCAUAAAACAUGAGACAAAAUGCUGUGAGGCAUUGCAGUGGCUACCACUGCGGGAGUUGGAUGUAAAGAGAAAAAAAAAAAAGCUAAUCCUUGCCUUUGAACAGUCAUGU